CUGGGCCCUGUGGCCGGAGCUCUGCACUCGCUUUCUCUGCCAGUCCCCAGCGCCUGCUGCUGCCGCCCCCUCGGAGCCGAGCCCCGGCAGGGCCCUCCGCUGCCCAGCAAUGGACUGUGAACUCUGCACUCAGACCAAUAAAUGCCUGGUGCUGUCUGCCUGUGUCCGUCUGUCUGGCUGUCCCUCCUCCUGCCCAGGGCACUCAGUGUCCUGGGGGCCGGCUGCCAGGCCAGGGCAGUGGGGGGGGUUCAGGCCUGCACAUGGGCACUGAUGCUGGCAGAGGGAGGGGAGGCUGGUGCCAUCAGGCCCUUAUCGUGCUUGGGAGAGGCGCAGCGCAGCGUAGCCCUAAUGCCCCAGCCCCCCAGCUCUGGCAGUGUGGAAGGGGGCAGCGUGUUUGGAGCUGUCAUGGCCCCCGCCUGCCACGGGGCUCUGCUGCUGGGCCCCUGGCCGUGCUGGUGCUCCCCGGCUACCAGCUGGAGUGGCGUGGCUGCGAUCCACUGUGGUGCCCGCUCCUGCCUAGGGCGGGCUCCACAGCCAUGUCUUGCUGUCCUCCCAAGCCUAGCCUGCUGCUCCAGGCUGCAUCGGUGACAGGCGGCCAAAGGCUGGGGUGCCACCCACGGCCCGCUCUGCCUGGCUCCGUUCCCUCCCCCAGUGCCCAGCCUGCAGGAGCCACUUGUGGAGCCUGGGCGCUCCCCUUCCUGUGCUGCUCUGCUUGGCCAGAGGCCCUGCUGCCUGCGCGCUGGCAUGGGGCACCGAUGGGCUGGGGCCUAGGGGGGGCUCAGCUUUCCUGCUCGCUGGCUGGGAGCAGGUUAAAAAUAGCUCGGCUCCGAGAUUCCUGUGCUGCCGAGCGCCAGCACUGCCGGCUGCCCCACGCUCAGCCGGGCCGAGCUGUGGGACGUUCCUGCAGGAGCUGCCGCUGGCCAUGCCCCGCAGGGCCCUCUGUGCCACUCUGCGCAGCCAGAGGUGGGUAGAGGAAGGCUUGUGGGCUGCAGCCUGGCACGCCGUGACUCACCCCCCGAGGGCUGCGGCUGGCUGGGCUCUGAGCUGCCUCCUGUGCUUCCUUCGCACCCUGACGACCUUCUUCCUGCUGCCCAGCAAGGGACCAGGUGGCCUGGCACCACGGGCAGAGCCCUGGGAGAGCAGCCCUGAGCAGAGGGUCUACUGGAGCCGAGGGGCAGGGCUGCCCCUCAUUACCGUCCAGACGGAUCCCUGUGCCUUCCAGGUGGAGUUGGCCCGGCUGGCUGAGGAGAGCGCGUAUUUCAGGGCACUGGCCCGCUCCCAGAUGCAGGAGGCUGCAGAGAGGCGGCUGGUGCUGGAGCACGUCCCAUCGGGCGCCUUCCGCGCCAUCCUGGAGUUUGUCUUCCUGGGGCACUUUGGGCUGGGCGAGGAGGAGCUGCUGCCCGCCAUCCAGGCUGCCAGCUACUUGCUGGUGCCCUCCUUCCUGGAGCAGUGCUGGCUGGCCCUGCGCACCCUCCUGCGCCCCCACAACUGCCUGUCCUACCUGCACUUUGCCGAGGCCAUCGGCUGCCCGGAGAUGCGGGCUGUCUUGUGCCAGUACCUGAGUGCCCAGCUCCUGGAGCUGGCGCCCGUCACGGGGCAGCUGGCCCCGGCGCUGCAGGAGGAGCUGGCAGGGCUCCGGACGCGGGGCCCCCAGCAGCUGUGUGUGCUCCGCAAGGAGAACCUGAGGGCCCCGGCCACCCCCGCCACGGAGCCCCUGCAUGGCCUCUACUGCCUCCCCCUGACCCAGGGGGGCACCUGGCACCGGGCCACCGAGCUGCCCUUCCGGGCCGACAAGUGGAGCUUCAGCACCGCCCAGCUGCUCAACUACCUGUUCCUCCUCGGCGGCUACCGGGAGCGCUGCGGGGCCCGCGGGUUCGCCUUCCGCAUGGCGGCCUUCCGCUACAACCCGCUGGCCGGCAGCUGGCAGCCCACCGCCCCGCUGCUGAAGCGCCGGCGGCACUUCAGCACAGCGGUGGUGGGACAGCGGAUUUAUGCCAUCGGGGGCUGGUAUCUGGACACGCUCCUGGCGCCGGACGGCGGCACGGCUCUGUACGCGGCCGUGGAGCGCUACGACCCCUGGAGCGACUCGUGGGCCUUCGUCUCCUCGCUGCCCCUCACCGACUUCACCUUCGCCCUCUCGCUGUCCCACGACCUGCCGCUCUGCGCGGCUCACGCCGGCAGCAUCUACGCCCUGGGCAGCGUGCAGAGGACGGGCGAGAAGCUGCUGCUGCGUUACGACGUCGGGGCAGACACAUGGCAGGAGCUGCUCCCAACGCUGACGCGAGCCGACGCCAACCUGCCCGGCUUCUAUUUCCUGGGGGGCUCAGAGCCCCUCUACGUGGUGGGGGGCAACGCCCAGGAGAACGUGGUGAUUUCCUUCAGCCCAGGGGCCCGGCUCUGGGGCCCUGCGCGGAGCCUGCCCAAGUGCACCCUGGCGGGGCAGGGCGUGGCCCUGGGCAGCCGCCUCUUCAUGGCAGCUCCGGAGCUGGGCACGGUGCUGGCCCUGGAGCUGGGCUCGCUGUCCUGCUGCCCGCUGCCCGCCCCGCCCUUCCCCCUCUCCUAUGAGGCCCUAUUCUUCCUGCACUUCUCCGCGCCCCCCUCGCCCCGUGGGGAGCUGGGCAGUGAGCAGGGGCAGGCGGGGGCCGGCCGGGGCACUGAGGGGCCCCUCCCCCUGGUGGGCAGGACCCCCUCGUGGUGAGCCCGGGGUUCAUGCCCUGCCACGAGUGGAGUGUGGCACCCGCCGGGGGAGGGGGCGCUCGUCUGCCCACUGAUGACCUGCUGGCUCGUUGAGGACCUGGCACCGGUGCUGCGGCUGCUGCCCGGCGUUUGCACCUGCGGCGGGAUCUCCUCAGGCGAAGGAUGGACAGAGGCUGACACAGGAGCCCGGGGGGUCCCAAGCUCCAGGGACCCUUCGUCCUGGUCAGAGGCUGCAGCGGGGGAGGACUGGGGGGUCUCCAUAGUGCCAGCCCAGCGGGGGGAGCCAGCCUGGAUCUGGGGCUGGGCGUCCCUCACAAGCCUCCAGUUCCCGGGGCACUGACCCAUGGGGGAGGAACUCGCAGGGACCCCAGGCGGGUGCUGCCUGUUCCUGGGAGGGUAAGGGAGGGGCUAAGCCUGGUGCCUCCAUUGUUGCUGCCAUUUGCCCCCCCCGACCUCCUGCUCCCAGCCCCCUUCCUCCUUAUUUAUCAAGCUGCCCUUUCACCCACAUACCAGCUGCUAUUUCUGGGGCUGGCUCUGAGCCCAGGGCAAGCUCCUGGGGGGGCUCUGGGCUGGGCGGGGGGCAUCAUUGGGGGUGUCCCUGGGCUCAGCAGGCAGCACUGCCACCUUCUUACUGCCCAAAGCCAGGGCGGAGUGCCCCCACCCCUCCCCCACUUCUUCCAGCCCUCGCUGGGUGUGGGUGGGUGCGGCUGGUGCCCUGUUCUCAUGGCCCAGCCUGGCAGGGAUGGGGUGGGGUUGGGCUGUGAUUAGUCCCAGUUUCUGAGGGGCCCCAUGUGAGGUUAUUGAUAUAAUCUGGGACCAUAUAGAACAUGGGUUGCAACCAAGGUCUUGUAGUGGCACCAAAUCUUAUGUAAAGGGGGUCAUAUAAGGUGUCUGAGACCAGGUUCUGGGUUGCUGGUUAUGAUUAUGCUGUCUGUAUGUCUGUAUCAUUUUGUAGUUGAAGUUACAAGUAUUGGCUGUGUACUGUCUGUAUUUCAAAUUGGUGCUGUAGUUCUGGGAAAAAUCCCAGACAAGUGAGUGUUAGCUCUGCCUAGCCUGCUUGUUGGCCCAUUAAGGACCAUCAGCUACACAAUUGACCCAUUGAGAGGAGGCAGAUAUGCCUUGUAACUCAGCAGGGUGUGCAGGGACUUGCCCAUGUGACUCCAGACUCCAUUUUGCUGUAAUUUUCCACAGUAAGAACAAAGAAGUGUUCUUACACCUGGAAGUGCCUAUAUAAGGCUGAUGCCUCAUCUCCAUCUGGUCUUCAGUCCUGC